AUGUCCAGUCUUCCCUCUCAGCAUCCCACCCUCUCCCUCCACCUCACCGACCUCACCCUCACCCCGCUCAUCACCUCGUCCUCGUCGCCUACUCAUCUCGAGUCCCUCACCUCGCUCACCUCGAGCGCCAUCACCUCCCAGACCACCGCCCAGCGCGCCAACCUCGGCCGCCCCCAGCGCAUCAUGGUCGAGUACCCCGACUCGGGCGCCGUCGUCCUGCAGUCCUACCUCGACCCCCGCGAGUCGCACUCCGAGUCCGAGUCCGUCUCCAAAUACAAGCACGACCAUGAUGCCGACGCUGAUGCCGAUCCCGACGACGCAACGACAAGGACCGCCGACGACGCUGCUGCCCCCGUGCUCAUCGGCGUUGUCGUCGCCGCCUCAUCAGACGAUGCGAGGGAGGCCCGGCGCGCUGCUGCCAGGCUGGAGCGCAUCGGCCGCGAGUUUCAAAAGGAGUGGGCGGCUCAGGGACUAGAGCAGGACACCGACGGGAGGAGCACUCCUGAGUGA